ACAGCCUUUGCCUGGCACCAGAUGAGCUCCAGAGGCCGGCAGUGAGAGGGGGCGAUACUGACCAGACGCAGCACCGGCGGGGCCAUGGCUGGACGCCAGAAGGAGAAGGUGAUCAGAGACGAGGUCCACCAGAACCAGAUCCUGCGAGAACUGUACCUCAAAGAGCUACGAACCCAGAUACUCUACACUCAGUAUCACGUGAAUCCACUCCGCAAGGUUCAUACAAUCGCCAGAAAGCCCAUGUCUUGGCAUGACAACCUGGAGGAACCUGAAGAUGCCAGGUUUCUACAUCUCAUUCACCACGCCGCCCAGGGACCAAGGAAGAAGUACCCAGAGACGCAGACUGAAAGCCAAGAGAUUGGAUGGGACUCAGAGCCCUUGGUCAACCCGGAACGUGAUGACCGCAGGCUGAACCACUUCCGGGCCUACAAGGACAUCACCCUGUACAAGGCCAAAAUGUGGAGCUUGGGAGAAAAAGAUCGCCACAAAUAGGAGGUCGGCAGUGCUGGCAGUCCUCGUCCGGAACGCCCGAAGUCUGUGCUCCCCAGAUAAACCCAGAUUGCCAAAGCCUGGCUCUGACACAUCCUAUCCUGGGUCUCACAUGUCUCCCUUCCGCCCUAGUCCGCUGGUUCCAAUUCUUAAUCCUAUAAAGGAGUGGGAGAAUUCCA